GGGAUCUGGUCUACCAACAGAAGACGCGAGGAAUCGACGUGCUAAGGGACCCACAGACUAAUAAGGGCAUGGCAUUCUCAUUACGAGAACGGCAGAUCAUGGGUAUACAUGGCCUCCUCCCACCAUUCGUAACCGACCAGGAUACACAGGUGUCACGUGUCUUGGCCAACUUCCGCCGCUGGGACAAUGACCUUGACCGCUACAUCUACGUGAUGGGGCUACAGGAUCGGAAUGAAAAGCUGUUUUACCGGACUCUGAUGGAACAUGUGGAGGUCAUGAUGCCAGUGGUUUAUACUCCAACUGUUGGACUUGCUUGCCAGAAAUAUGGACUCAUAUACAGGAAACCAAGGGGUCUUUUCAUCACAAUUCACGACAAAGGUCAUAUAUACGAAAUAUUAUGUAACUGGCCGGAACACGAUGUUAGGGCUAUUGUGGUGACUGACGGACAGCGGAUUUUAGGUCUCGGGGAUCUCGGGGCCUAUGGUAUGGGUAUCCCAGUUGGUAAACUCGCCCUCUACACGGCCCUUGCUGGAAUCAAGCCACAGCACUGCCUUCCAAUCGUGCUUGAUGUUGGAACAAAUAACAAGACACUGCUUGAAGACCCCAUGUAUAUUGGUUUGCGGCAGCCUCGGGUGGAGGGCGACGAGUAUGAUGACUUCAUUGAUGAAUUCAUGGAAGCGACCAUUCGAAGGUAUGGCCAGGACACAUUAGUGCAAUUUGAAGACUUUGGUAACCACAAUGCAUUCAGGUUACUUGAGAGAUACCGGGACAAGUAUUGCACAUUUAACGACGAUAUACAAGGAACAGCUGCUGUUGCAUUAGCAGGAAUCCUGGCCAGUCUGCGGAUUACUGAGAAAAAACUAUCCGAAAACACAUUUGUUUUCUUUGGUGCUGGAGAGGCUUCAAUCGGCAUAGCAAAACUUGUAGUGAUGGCGAUGGAGGACGAAGGGACGUCCGCAGAAGAUGCUAUGAGUAAAAUAUGGCUGGUCGAUUCCAAGGGACUCGUAACGAAGAAUCGGCCGAGCGGCGGACUCAAUUCCGAGAAAGAGAUAUUUGCCAAACCUCACGAAAAUAUCGAUACUCUUGUUGACGUUGUGAAGAAGUUAAAACCAAGUGUUCUGAUAGGCGCGGCAGCAGUGGGUGCUGCAUUCACUGACGAGAUUAUCCAGUUGAUGGCAUCCAAUAACAAACGACCGGUUAUCUUUGCUCUAAGUAAUCCAACCAGUAAAGCAGAAUGUACAGCCGAACAAGCCUACACUCAAUCAGAGGGUCGAGCAGUUUUCGCCAGUGGCUCUCCAUUCCACCCAGUCGAAUAUAAAGGCAAAACCUACCAUACGGGACAAGGCAACAACUCCUACAUUUUCCCGGGUGUAGCGCUUGGAGUCAUCCUUUGCGGAGUGCGACAUAUACCGGAAGACAUUUUUCUAAGAUCAGCACAGGCACUUGCUGACCAAGUGACGAAGAAUGACCUAAGUGAAGGUCGCGUGUACCCGCCCCUGUCCGCCGUGCAAGACGUUUCAGUCAAGAUAGCCGUCAAUAUAGCAGACUUUGUGUAUGAGAUGGGCAUGGCAGCACGUUACCCAGAACCGAAGGACAAAGAGCAAUUUAUACGCUCACAGCUCUAUUCUACAGAUUAUGAACAGUUUGUUCCCAAACUUUAUGAUUGGCCGGGGCAGAAAUCCUGUCUUUGA